GUUGAAACCGAGAAGUCCGCGAAGUCAACUCCAAUCUCUCCUCCUGCCUUGAUAUCGACCGGCUUCUGUCUCAGGAGAGGGCCUCGCCAAAACGACAAACACAAUGCAGUUCAAAGUCCUAGCUACACUCGCUGCACUUGCGGCAACUUGUUCGGCCGACCAAAUGAAAGUUUUCACGGUCUGCAAGGAAAUCUUUGGUUGCGACAGCGCCUCUGGUCGGUUCUACACAGCCUACGGCAAUUACUACGUCAACGCCAAUGAAGGGCUGCAGGGGCACAGAUGUUCCGGGCAUGACGGAAUUCUGCGUUGACUGGGGCAAUGCCAGAGCCCACUUCAGGUUCGCCCACCAGUCCUUCAAGCGUUGUCUGAGGAUUGUUUCAGAUGUCGAAGUGUACUGUGGAACUACUACCUGCAAGAACUCUGUCUUGGACGAGGUCGCUUGCACUUGGUAAAAGCAUUGAGAACAGGGUAGAUGGAGCUGGGGACGGAGCAUGCAUUCCAGCCUACACUCCAGUCAUGUACAUACUGAGCGUCAGAGGAUGCGUCUCAAUGGAAUCAAG